ACUAAAGAUUCAUUUCAUUGCUAACAUUUUAAAAGUGUUGCAUUGGUAAAACGUCCCGGUAACUUGCUGCCAGAUUUGUGCUUAUACCUUUGUCAGAUACGGGCCCCCCUUUUUUUCUUUUUUUUUUUUUUAUUUACAUUUUACAACGUUAUCACCUCAAUAAUAAUUGAAAAUUUAAAUUUUUUUCCUUCUUUUCGAUUUCACCUUUCAUUUUUAUUAUUAUCAUUUUUUUUUUAUUUUUCCCUUCAAAUUUAUAAACAAUAUUAACACAAGUUUUUCAGUUGUUCUCUGGCGCGCGGGCGCACCAGUAUAUUUCAUUUAUUCAAAAACAAAAAAAUAAAAAAAAAAACAGUUUUUAUAAAUAAUUAAAAAAUAUUAUCAAUUAUAUUUUUAAAAUUUUUUUAAAUAUAUUUUUGGACUAUUUAGUCUUUAAAAUAUGGCAGUGAAAUUAUUACUUGUGCUUUCUCUUGCUGUCGUUGCAGUCUCCUCAGCCGGAAUACUCGAGACACUUUUGUCAUGGGAUCUUAAUGAUACUGAAGGAAGAUCAACAGCACCACAACCAAAAUGUCUUAAUCAAGCUAAUGGAUAUUUGUGUUGUGUUGAUAUUGUAUUUACUCCUGGUAUCAAAGCAAGACCAGCUUGUGUUAAUAUUAAUCAAAAAAAUAAUAAUGUUACAUUAAAUCUCAGCUAUGGUGAUAAUCCCGUUCACAAUGCAACCAUUAAAAUUGAUGAUGCUGCUAAUAAACCAACAUGUAUGAAUGUACUUGCUAAUUUUGGUGAUUUUGCUUAUCUUUGUGCUAAAUUUACAACAGUUACACGUCAAGAAAGUGGUCAUACUGGUUGUCUUGUUAUAGAGCCAGUAUUGGUAGAACCACUAGAUAUUUAUUCAAUGGGUUGUUUUAAAUUUGAUGGAGGAGUUAAACAAGUUGAUGCUCCACUAAGUAUUGAGCAAGCAUCAAAUUCAUCAAAAAGUACAGAUUCAACAACACAAGAUGAUGAGGAUGAUGAUGAUAGUUUAAAUACUGAUGAAUUAUUUGCAGUUGUAUCAGAAAGUGCUGAACAAGGUCUUGCAUUAUUUUCAAGAUGGCUUGGAAUUAAAUUAAAUGAUAAAAUAAAUUCAACAACAAAUAAAGCUAAUGAAGAUAUUAAAAAAAAAGAUGAACAAAAUUUAUCAACAACAAUAAAAACAACAUCAAGAUCUGGACGUGGUAUGGUACUUGAUAAUAAUCCAGCUAAUGAAGAUAAAAGUGAUGAACGUUUUAAACAACUAUUAAGUGCACAAGAUAAUAUAUUAAAAGAACCAGAAAUGAUUGGUAAUAGUGAUGGUAAAAAAACGACAUUUGUAUUUUCACAAAUACCAGAUACUACAAAUGUACAACAAAAAAAUAUCCUACCAGUUGUACCGAGGGAAUCAAGAAGAGGUGGACGAGCAUACAAUAUUCAUCAACACAUUAAUGAAAUUUAAUUUAAUUUUUAAUUAUUAUUACUUGCUAUUUUUAAUUAAUUAUCAUAAUUAUUAUUAUUAAUU